AGAAGCGGCAAAGAAUCCUACUCCGCUCCUGUUGCUCAGCAUAAACAUCGGCGCAGCCUGCAAAUUACACCUAAGGCAGAGCGGGCGUCCACCGUCCAGCGCAGCCUGGCUUCCGCGGAGAAGGACUCGCUUGCCUCCUAGCCUUUCCUUCUUCAUUCGGGGCUUUGAUUGCUGGGUAAACUAACCAGCCUGGAGGAACUGAAAGCAAACUCCACACUUUUGAAGACCUCUCGGGAGAGAGGAAGCAGACAAAUCGAGUGGAAAUAAAAACCAGACAGUAACUCUAGAAACUUCAGAGGAAGGAAACCAUCUCCAUUUCAGGCCGGAUCUGAAAAAUCUGAGGAACGUUCGGUCCAGGGCGGGCACUAAAAGGAGAGAAGCUGAAAGAAGGGGGACAUCCCUCCAGGUCCCCGGGAUUCUGGAGAGAGAGAAGAAAACUUUUCUGUUGCUUUUUCUUCUCCCGGCUAUGAACAGGCUCCCUUCUCCACAUGUCUCCAAAUCAUCCCGUUGGGUGGGGAGACCCAACAGUACCAACUCCACCCUCUUUCCACUCCACAAUCGAUCCUCCUUCCACGAGGACCUGGAUGUAAACCACACAGGAGAUUUCGAGAGCGACACAGGUUACAAAGAGGAAUCGCAGAGCCAGAUGAUUAAAGGGCUCCUGAUUGUGGCUUAUUUGGUCAUUAUUUGCAUCUCGCUUCUUGGCAAUGUCGUGGUGUGCCACGUGGUGGUCAAGAACAAGAGGAUGCACUCAGCCACAAGCCUUUUCAUGCUCAACUUGGCUGCAGUUGAUGUCACGAUCACCCUCCUGAACACGCCCUUCACCCUGGUGCGAUUUGUCAGCAGCACCUGGCCUUUUGGAAAACCGAUGUGCCAUAUAAGUCGCUUGGUCCAGUAUUGCUCCGUCCACAUGUCCGCACUGACCUUUGCUGCCAUUGCUCUGGACCGCCAUCAGGUCAUCAUGCAUCCCUUGAAGCCCCGAAUGUCUCUGGGGAAAGGAGCGCUGCGCAUCCUGAUCAUCUGGCUGACGGCCACUUGCUUCUCUCUGCCCUACGCCAUCUACCAGAACCUCGUGAGGCUGCCUUAUGGAAAUAGGACUACCCGGAUGAUGUGCCUUUCCAGUUUCCCUCCUCCGACAGAUCUCUACUGGAAGUACUUGGACUUGGCCACUUUUGUGCUUCUGUAUGUUCUGCCUUUGUCAGUGAUCUCCGUCACUUACAUAUCGGUGGCCAAGAAAGUCUGGAUGAGGAACGCCAUUGGCGAUGUGACCGUGGAUCAGUACUAUGCCCAUCAGCGGAAAAAGAAGAUGACCCUGAAGAUGUUGCUGGUGGUCGUGAUGGUGUUUGGUUUCUGCUGGUUUCCCCUGAAUUGCUACUUGAUCCUCAUGUCCAGCCAAGCCAUCGAUAACAGCGAUAUUCUUUACAUUGCUUUCCAUUGGAUAGCCAUGAGCAGCGCCUGCUACAACCCCUUCAUGUACUGCUGGCUCAACGAAGGUUUCCGCACAGAACUCAGGGCCCUGCUGGGAAUGUGCCGUAAGAAGCCUGCCUCCAGCAAUCAGCCCAUGCAGUCCAUAUAGGCCGAGUUGAGACUCGCCUGGGGUGGCAAUUAUUGCUACAAGCAAGAGGCCCCCACUCAGCAGACAAGGGAGUCGUCUCUGCCCAGACAGACACCUCUGUUGUCAAUCUGAUCACAACAGGCAGCGAGGAGGAGACUUGAAUGUGGAAUAAAACAGCCUUACUCUGGUUUAGUAACCGUUUUGUAGUUGUGUCAUCUACUGUCCAGGCCUUUGCAACAUCCACAUUGCGUGCUUUCUGACAAGAACUUACCACAUCAGCAUUAUAUGAGUGGACAUCACUUUAGGUUGCUGCUUUCCAUGAGUGGUGGAAGAAACUGCAGCCCAAAAGCCUUGGUGUCCGUGUUGAUACCUUCACUGUCUGAAGCUGGAGCCCAACCCAAGUGUUGAAUGCAGUGCUUCUCAAGCCUGGCACUUUGCGAUACAUGGACUUCAACUCUCAGAAUUUCUCCAGCCAGCACGGAGAUGUCCACGUAUCUUAAAGUGGCCAAAGUUGAGAAAUACUGGUUUUAACAAGUCAUUAUUUUGAAAUAAAAUAACUUGCAGACAAAAACAGUGUUUAACCCCCGGCUGGGGGUACAUUUCAUAGCUCCUGCUUUGCAGAAAAAAGGAGGUGUAGUUAUUUAUGUGAGAAAGGAGCUUUCACCGAAACUAAUUGAUUUUGAUCCACAAGGAAGAUAUGUCAUUAUUGAUUUAUU